AUGCUUGGAGUCGCCUUGACCCUCAUAUUCGCGCUGUGGCGGUACGGUAAAGAAGAACAAUGGACUGCCGAGGAAUCUGACAAUGUGGCCUUAUCCCGGACAACGCUCUUGCGAGACAACCAGCUCAUUCUCCAUCCGGACCUCGGCGGCUCGACCAUCACCCCCAUCAGCGGGCUUGGUAUCUUCUUCGAUAAAUCUGGCAAUUCUGCCACCACCCCAGCGAUAUUUCUCCAUUCCAUCCAGAAGUUUGGUGCCGCGCCGGAGGUGUCCUUGUUCUUCCACUUACGGCCCUUGUCAGUUCCAACCGUUGCGCCUAGCGAGAGGUACGCAGUCGUGCGCUGCCACUCAUACGGUAAUGGGCCAGGAAAGCAACCGAUCCCGAACUGCUUCAGACUUAUUGUUCGCCACGGCUACACAGACGAGGUCAUCACCCCAGACCGGGGAAUCCUGGCAGUCAUAUUUUUAGUGUUCCUGUAGUGAGAAGCCCAAGGCUAGUGCUUGAUACUGCAUCAAUGUCAAAAUUGGAUAA